AUAUUUAAAUAGUAAAUGUUACAAGUCAACCACUUUUUAUAUAUAUAAUUUGUUUGUUUUUGAAUUUAUAAUCAAUAUUAAUCAUAAAUAAUCGAUAAGAAAAGUGGCUCUACUAUCUAAUGCAUAUUUGCACAUCACUACACAAUCCAAUUUGACAUUUUGUACUUGUAAAUUUGUUCCGGUUGUUUAUUUCUUCACGUCUUCAUAAGUUCUUUAUUUAUUUGCUGUGUUAUUAGUGAGUAAGAUAAGAAGUAAAAAUUAACUUCAACAUUCAUAAUAAUUAAAAAGAGCGCAUGGAAAUUAACCCAGAAUAACAAAUUGCUACCGCAACUAAAAUCUUUGCUUUUGCAUGGCAACAAAAGAAAUUUUCAUUUUAAUAUGGAUACUUCGAUUUUUGGUAGCUUUUUAUGAGAGGCGUUGUAGAGAUUGAAUGAACUACCUAAUUUUGCUGUGCAAUCGUAAACCGACCAUGUUGUCGCGCCGCAGUAAAGAAAAGGCUACCGCUCAUAAGGAAGGUGUGGUUGGUAAGUAUGUGAAAAAGGAAACACCUCCGGAAAUACCAGUGAUAAAUGUCUGGUCGUUUGAUGAGCAACGUGCCAAGCAUAAUAAGAAAUCACUGCAGCGUUGUGCCAGCACUUCGCCCAGUUGCGAAUUUACCGGACGAAGUUCUGGUAAUUCUAGUCGCAAUACUUACUCCUGCGGCAACGACUCACAAUUGAAUUCGCAGCCUGAUUAUUAUCAUGCCAGACGGGCGCAAUCUCAAUUGCCUCCAACGACAACAACAACAAUGCGUUCAGUGUCGCAGGCACAUCAACAACGUUACGGUGUGACCGGUUUUUAUGCGCCUACCAAUUCCAUGUCUUCAACAAACCAACAUCCACAUUUUUAUUCAAGUAAUAAUUUGGAUGUGGCCAGCAACGGGCAUGGUCAUAGCGGUAACAGCAGCAAUGCUAGUAACAGCACCAGCAACUAUGUAAACAUUGAGCAAAUUGAUCGAAUGCGACGUCAGCAAUCAUCACCGUUACUCCAGCCAAACAAUGCAGCGUACGAACAAUUUCAUAGAAGGCAUUCUGCGAAUCAAAAACAUAGUAACUCUUAUGAUGGACGUAUCCGUGGCUUUACAAACAGUGAUACUAAUGCCACAUCAAUAGCUGAAGGUAUGGAUUCCUACAACAAUGUACUUCAGAUACCACGUGGGGCUACGCCAACUCCACCACAACAUUAUCCAACCAAUGCCAGUUAUUUAGCCGGCUCUGACUCCUAUCCCAUCUAUGAAAACCCCUUUCGAGUUUCUUCGAAUACUUCGGGAAGUGUGGUCAACAAUAAUCAUACAUCAAUGAAUAAUUUCGAUAGUCGAUCUACUCAAUCAACUGCAGAAGUACGCUCUGAGUCACCCAUUUAUAGUAAUACAACUCUGGCCGUUUCCAACAAUAACUUACAUUCAUCAUACGAUUUGACUGGUGGUACAGCAGCUGCAACGUCUGUUCAAUCUUUGUACCAUGCACCGUCAAGGCAGCUACACUCACAAUCGGUCGGCAAAACAAACAGUACAACAAAUGUUUUACAAAAGGUGCCAUCACAGCAAUCCAUAGAAGAAGAGCUACCACUUCCACCCGGCUGGGCAAUGCAAUAUACUCUUCAUGGACGCAAGUAUUAUAUAGACCAUCACACACAUACAACACAUUGGUCACAUCCACUAGAGAGGGAAGGUCUCCCGGUAGGAUGGCGACGUGUUGUUUCGAAAAUUCACGGUACCUACUAUGAAAACCAAUAUACAGGGCAAUGCCAAAGACAGCAUCCCUGCCUUACCUCAUAUUAUGUAUAUACUACAUCUGCCGAACCACCGAAGGCCAUAUGCCCCGAAAUGCCAGUUCCUUAUACACCGCCAGUACACACACAUAAUGCGCUAGUGCCGGCCAAUCCGUAUUUGUUAGAAGAGAUACCCAAAUGGUUGGUGGUAUACUCAAAUGCUGAUUCAUCGAAAGACCAUAUGCUGCAAUUCAACAUGUUCAGUUUGCAAGAUCUUGAGUGCUUCGAUGGCAUGUUGGUACGCUUGUUUAAGCAAGAGCUCGGCACAAUUGUUGGCUUUUACGAACGGUAUAGACGUGCUUUAAUCUUGGAAAAGAAUCGUCGUGCAGAGCAGGAGCGCUAUUUGCAAGAGUUACAUACACAAGCCACACAUCAAUAACACACGUUAAAAUGAAGCUAUUUGAAUCCUACUUGAGUAUAGUGUGUGCUGUGCUUCUUCAACACAUACAUAUAUACGCAUAUAAGGAAACCUUAUAUCUUUUUAAGUAAAAUUGAACUGUCUUGUUCUGUUGAACUGUGAACUGUGAACCGUUUUCGUACCAACAAACAUUUUAUAACUUUUAAGUAAAAAAAUUUAUGUUACUGAUUUUAAAUAAUAUGUAUAUUAUUCUAAUUUACCAAUUAUUAUGUUCUAUAAAAUGUUUUUGUGAUUUGCUCUACUAUCAUUUUAUUUAUACAUAUAUAUUCAUAUAAUUUUCAUUUUAACAUAUCUGACUUUUGCAAAAAUAAUUAUAAAUAUACUUUAUAUUCAAAUUUUUUUCAAAGAUAAAAAUAAGUGUU